CACACACUCUUGACAAACUUUGACCUUUGUUUGAUGAGGAAGGAAUUAGCCCCUCCCCCCUCAUUCCUGUUAUAUAGAAAAGUCAGUCCCAUUCAUUUCAGGUGUUUUCUGUUCCUGCCCUGUUCACAGAUCUGCAAGUUUACAGAUGAGUGUAACCGGCAUGCUGUGCUCUGACAUGCCAGUCAGUGCGUGUUAGAAGCUGAAAUGAAAUAACUGCAGCUCAGCCCUGUUUUUCUGGUAAGACGAAAGUGAAACUAUUUCACAAUCACAUUCUCAGAGGUGAAAUGGCGCAGCGAGGAGCCCAGAUGAACCAGGACAAACUCUGCUGUUCGAUCUGUUUGGAUCUCCUGAAGGAUCCGGUAACUAUUCCCUGUGGACACAACUACUGUAUGAACUGUAUUCAAAUCCACUGGGAUGAAGAGGAUCGGAAGAACAUCCACAGCUGUCCUCAGUGCAGACAGACAUUUGCACCGAGGCCUGCUCUGGGGAAAAACACCAUGUUGGCAGAAUUAGUGGAGGACCUGAAGAAGACUGGACAAACUGCUCCUGCUACUCACCGCUAUGCUGGACCUGAAGAUGUGAGCUGUGAUGUCUGCACUGAGAGAAAGCUGAAAGCUGUCAAGUCCUGUCUGCAGUGUCUGGUCUCUUACUGUGAGCAGCACCUCCAGCCUCACUAUGAAUCCCCCGCCUUUAGGAAACACAAGCUGGUGGACCCCUCCCAGAAGCUUCAGGACAAUAUCUGCUCUCAUCACAAUGAAGCUAUGAAGAUUUUCUGUCGCACUGAUCAGCAGUGUAUCUGUUAUCUGUGCUCCAUGGAUGAACAUAAAAGACACGACACAGUUUCAGCUGCAAAAGAAAUGAGUGAGAAGCAGAGAGAGCUCGAGGUGUGUCAGGAGAAAAUCCAGCAGAGAAUUAAGGACCAAGAUAAACACAUGCGGGUUCUUCAGCAGAAAAUGAAGGCCAUAAGUCAAUCUGCAGAUAAAGCUGUAAGGGACAGUGAGAUAAUCUUCACAGAGCUUAUCUGCCUCCUAGAAAAAAUAAGGUCUGAUUUAAAGCAGCAGAUCAGAUCUAAGCAAAAAAAGGAGGUGAGUCGACUUACAGAGAUUCAAGAGAAGUUGAAGCAGGAGACUGUUGAUCUACAACAGAAGAAAUCUGAGUUGGAACAACUCUGUCACAUGCAGGAUUACAUCACCUUUCUACAAAAGUAUCCCUCACAGCCAAGCUUGACUUUCAGUGAGAAGCCACCCAGCAUCAGUAUUCACCCUCUGUGUAACUUUGAUGAUGUGACAGCUUCUCUGUCAGAAAUCAGGGAAAAGAUGCAGGACAUACUCAAAGGACAAUGGACCAAGCUAUCAGCAACAGUGAGUGAGUGUGAUCAGUCACAAAGAGAACACACAACUAGAGAGGAAUUCUUAAAAUAUUCACAACAUAUCACACUGGUUCCAAACACAGAAAGAUUUUAAUAUCUGCUAGCAAGAAAAAAGCAAGUAUUACAUACAUCCCCCGUUUUAUGAAACUGGCCAUGUUACAACAAUUAGGCUCUCCAGAAAGAAAAAAAAUGUCUAAUUUUUGUGUCCUA